AUGCAGCUCAGCUUGGGCAGCUUGAUGCUGCUGCUGACGGGCAGAGGGAACAGCGAUGACGAUGACGAUGACGUUUUUGAUGGAUCGAAGGCCUUCCUUGGGGAGGACAAGGGGGCUGAAAGAGCUGUCCCCAUGCACUCAGGCAUGAAAAUCCCGGCUUUGAAGGACAACGCAGAUGACCUCACUCCAACGUUCCCCUUCCAGUUCUUUUCCAGGAGUGAUGAGCAGAGGAGACAGGAGAGGCUUGUAGCUGGCAUUCUGUACGAGUUACUGGACUCGAGUGAUGCUGUUUUGUGCGGUAUUUAUGUUUUUGCAGCGUUUCAAAACGCGUAA